UUCUAUACAUCAUUCAUUUCAAUGGUCAAAUCUACGGUCAUCAUCAAUGACAACAUUGAUGUUAUCAAAUAAUCAAUCUUCCAAUGUUCGACAAAAUUCCUCACCAUCAUCAUCAACACCAACUACACCGAUCAUCGAUAAUGACAUAUCGACAUCAUCAUCAUCCUCAUCGAUUUUAUCGCCAAGUCCAUUAUCAAGUUUAAAUACACAGGCAUUAGUACGAACCAUAUCAAAUGGUUCAACAUUUGGACCGAUACCAAAUUGGCCAUCAAAUGAUUCAUCGCCUUCAUCAUCUUAUAAUACUGUGAAUCCAUUUUAUAAAAUAUUUCAUAUCCAUCCAAAUCAACCUGGGUGGAAACCAUCAUCAUCAUCGGCCACUAGUCCAAAUGUGUCGAGUCCAAAUUCUGGAUCAAUAAUUUCUUCACCAUCAUUAUUUUCAUCAUCAUCUUCGUCGUCAUCAUCGUCAUUACCGUCAUCGACAAUAUCAUUGACGAAUCAUUGUAUUACAAAUAAUCAACAAUCAUCAUGGAUACAACCACAGCCAUCAACACCGCAGCCAACAAUAUUGGCAACAACAGCACCGGCACAAAUAAAUGUACCAAUCAAAUUGAAUUUACCAUUAAUAUUUGGCGAUAAUUAUGUACUUACAAGUCAAAUUGAAGCAAGUAAUCUAUAUCGUUGUUUAGAAUUGAAUACUGCCGAAGAAUUUUGGUGUAAGGUUGUUUUAAGUAAAAAUUAUUACGAUUUUCUUGCACCACAUCUUCGUAUGGAUGGUCAUACGGGUAUUAAUCAGGUACAAAAAAUUAUCAUUGGCCGUGUUCAUUCAUUUAUAUUAUUCAGUCCGUCCUUUGGUGAUCUACAUUCAUAUGUAAGAAAUAAACGAAGAUUACGUGAAAAUGAAGCAAUGCCAUUGUUUCGACAGAUUGUUGAAAUUGUUGCCGAUUGUCAUCGAAACGGAAUCAUAUUGAGAGAUCUCAAACUUAGGAAAUUUAUUUUUAGCAAUAAAGAAAGAACCCAAUUAAAAUUGGAAACCUUAGAAGGAGCUUCCCUUUUUGAUGAUGAUGAUACAUUAACCGAUAAACAUGGCUGUCCAGCAUAUGUUUCACCGGAAAUUCUUUUAUCCAAUUCAUUCAGUGGCCUAGCAGCCGAUUGUUGGGGAAUGGGUGUCAUACUUUAUACAAUGUUAGUUGGCCGUUAUCCAUUUCAUGAUGUGAAUCCAUCAUCAGUGUUUUGUAAGAUUCGUCGUGGUUCCUAUUACAUUCCAGAUCAUUUAUCUAAACAUGGAAAAUGUUUAAUACGAUCAUUAAUGCGUAUGGAUCCGGAUGAACGUUUAACAGCCGACGAUACAUUAGCACAUCGUUGGUUUGAUUCUUUUCGGCCAUCCAUUCUAAUGAAUAAUAGUAUUAUGAUGAAAAGAAAUUCAACAACAUCAAUAGCAACAGUUCCACCUUCUUCCGGUGUCUUUCCAUCACAACAACAGAAUCAGAAUUCCUAUCAUCAUCAUCAGCAGCAGCAGCACCAGCAGCAGCAUAAUUAUAAUAACCAGAAUAAUAAUAAUAAUAAUUAUCAUCGGCAACCGAAUCGUUAUCAAAAUUUGUCACAACAAUCACCACCACAAUCACCAAUGGCGAUGAUGAUGAAUAAUAACAACAAUAACAUCAAUAGUAGCAAUAAUGGUCAACAACAAUCAACAUCAUCAUCAUCGCCAUCAACGUCGAUGACAUUAUUAUCAUCACCAUCUACAUCGACAAUAUCAUCUAUACGAGCAUUACAACAGCAGCAAACAGUAGCAACAGGAGCAGCUCAUAAUCAUCAUCAUUAUCUGUUUGCAUCACAGCCAUCAUCAUCAUUAUUGCCAUCAUGUUGUGCACAUCAUAGUUUAUUAUUAUCAUCAUCAUUAUCGGCGAAUUUUGACCAAGUUGUUCCCGAUCUCAAAUUUUGAAAAUAAAUAUAAUCAAAAAAAAAAAAAAAUAAAUAAAAAAAAAAAAUAAUUACAAUUACCAAAAUGAC